AUGGAUGUCAAUGUCCAGUUUAUGAGCGAUACAGCCGAGCGGCGACGUACUCAGAAUCGUCUAGCUCAGCGCAAGUUCCGCGAGAAGAGGAAGCGGAGGGUAGCAGAAAAUGCCGUUGAGACGCCUCAAGACUCAUCACAAUCGACGUCAACCGCCAAUAACAAUGGGAAUUUUCCAAUUAACUCUUUGCCUUCGUUCACAAGUGCGAUUCCCGCACUGGCGGGAGCCUUGCCUCCAGACGAAAUUCCGAUCGCUAGCACAGGUUCAGGACCGGUAGACAACUUCGAUCUCGAUGCGAUAGACCAGUUCUUGUACCAAACCAACCAUGAUUUCGCCUUCACUUUGUCCGAUUCAUUGCCUGUCCAGUCAAGCGCGACACGAUCAAAUUUCACUCAAAGCAAUUCCUCUGGUCCCGGUUCACGCAAGGCACCCCACAACAGCACAACAAGUGAUAACUCAGCGUCGCUCUCUCAAUCUGGGGAUAGCCACAGCCUGCCAUUACAUCACAUAACAUCCGCUUCUGAUAUUCGCCCAGAGAGUCCCCCCCUCCAGCCUCCGCAAUCACCCAACUAUGAUACGGUAUUGGAACUCAUCACAUCGGCCAGAAAUGACAAGGGAUGGAUUGGCCCGCUUCACAUCGCCGCUCAGAAGGGCCACGAGAGAAUUGUUCGAGUUCUUUUGCUCCAGGAUAACAUAGAUGCAAACAAUAAAGAUAGCGACGGUCGCACACCCUUGAUACACGCGGUGAUUGAGAAUCAUGAUUCUGUAGUCCGCCUACUACUCUCCCACGGUGCCAGGAUAGGCGUGUAUGAUUGCGAUGGUCGCUCUGCUCUGCACUGGGCUGUCUUGCAUCGGCGACUCGAGAUACUGAAGCAAUUGCUCGGGCAUCGCGCCAAGUACGAACCCGGUUUGGAUAUUGAUGUAUACGACAAUUAUGGCUGGACCCCAUUGCAUAUGUCAGUGGAUAGAGCUUUUGAGGCUGGAAUCUUGAUGCUCCUCCAGGAGGGCGCGGAUAUCAACGCUAAAGCACACAAAUGUCCGUACACGGGCACUAUCCUUCCGCUGAUGGAUGGAUAG